UGGUUCUUUAGUGGUUUAGAUGUUGAUUGGACUAGGCUGGACUCCAGACUUCAGUUUUGAGUUCAGAUCUGCUCCAUGUAUCUUCAUUGUGGAACCUGGGCUGAAAAAGCAAAAAUAUGUGGAGUGUACUUUUCUUGGGGCUGAAGGUGAGAGUUAAAGAGCACUUCUGGAAAUUUGCCAUGCUUCAGCUCAGAAGUGAAGCAUUGAAACAUCUUUUGGUUAAAGCAAGUCACAUAGUCAAGCCCAAAGGCAAUAGUGUGGAGAUUUACAUUCUGUCAACUGGGAGGUUUCUGCAGUCUCAGGACAAAGGAUGUGGAUGUAUGCUUCUGUUGCAGGGUAGAAGGAAGAGUUGGGACCAGUAAAGGUGAAGGAAAUGGGUUAAUAGAAAGAUGCUGUGAAAUUAGGUUGAAGAUAGUUGGUUGAGAAUAAAGAUGCUUAGGAAAAAUACAUAUUUUAUGUACCAAGAUAUAGCAUCCUACUUUGAUACAAGUUUUCUUACAGAAUGCAUAUUAUGGUAUCACAUUGACUUUAUCUUAGAUAACAUCUGCCAGCCCCACACCUGGCCCUGUAACCAAUUCUGAAUGGCCAUAGGAAUGAAAAUAAAUAAUGUACAUGUAAAGAUAUCAGUUCUUAAAGUAGUUAUAAAUGUCUUUAUUUUAGCUACUAAAUGUGUUCAUUCAUAGUUCUUGUAUCAUAUCCAUGUCUGCUAACCCACCUUUCACAAUAGAAUCUUCUUUUCAGGGAGAUGUCCUUUGCUUCUCAGAUGUAAUGCACUUUAAGUUUGUUAUUCAACAGUGAAAAUGAGUCAUACAGAGGUAAAAUUAAAAAUACCUUUUGGAAAUAAAUUGCUAGAUGCUGUUUGUUUGGUACCUAACAAGAACUUAACAUAUGGAGUCAUUCUUACACAUGGAGCAUCAGGAGAUAUGAAUCUCCCUCAUUUGACAUCACUGGCAUCCCAUCUUGCCUCUCAUGGGUUUUUUUGCCUGAGAUUUACCUGUAAAGGCCUUAAUAUUGUACAUAGAAUUAAGGCAUAUAAAUCAGUUUUGAAUUACUUAAAGACCUCAGGAGAAUACAAACUUGCAGGUGUUUUCCUUGGAGGUCGUUCAAUGGGCUCAAGAGCAGCUGCUUCUGUACUGUGUCAUAUUGAGCCUGAUGAUGCUGAUGAUUUUGUUCGAGGUCUCAUUUGUAUUUCCUAUCCACUGCACCAUCCAAAACAGCAGCAUAAACUUAGAGAUGAAGAUCUCUUUCGUAUAAAAGAUCCUGUACUGUUUGUGUCAGGCUCAGCAGACGAAAUGUGUGAAAAGAACUUGUUGGAGAAAGUGGCACAGAAAAUGCAAGCUCCUCAUAAAAUCCACUGGAUUGAGAAGGCAAAUCAUUCCAUGGCAGUGAAAGGACGGUCAACAAAUGAUGUUUUCAAAGAAAUAAAUACACAGAUUUUGUUUUGGAUCCAGGAAAUCACUGAAACGGACAGGAAAUAAUGGUCUAUAAGUUAAAGACUAUGUUAUUUUGAAUACAAAUAGAGUUAAUUUGUUAAAGAAGAGCAUACUUCUCAGCAUUAUGAGAUAUAUUUCAGACUAUUUAAUGUUCUUUCAUGUUCCCCCAUUUUUAAAACUCAUUUUAAUUGUGAAAUUAAUGUACUCUAUAAAAUGUCCCUUGAAAGUACUGGUAUAGUUGUAUAAAGAUGAUGUACAAAUAUUGAAAGUGGUCUAAAUAUAAUUUAUUUUCUUUAAUAUAGUUAAGUUUUGAAAAAUUAAAUGUUGAAUUUUGUUACAACAGAA